UGUUUGGGGGCUGUGCUUCUGCGCCCUGGCUAUUGGGAUAUUCUAUUCUCCCUUCCAUUUUGUUCUUUGACGUGUGGGGUUGAACAAGCGUCAGGUGUGAUGGCUGCGAUCGAAGGCCUCGAAUCAGGGAGGAGAAGAACAUUCAGUAUGGACAAACCUCCAGAGUUCAGACUCGUUCUUGUUGGGAAGACGGGAGCAGGGAAGAGCUCCAGUGGAAACACUAUACUGGGAAGAGAUGCCUUCAGUGCAGCUGUCAGUCAUUCCUCAGUCACCAGACAGUGCUGUAAGCUGAGUGGGGAGGUGUUCGGUAGAGAAGUAACCAUUGUUGAUACUCCUGGCCUCUUCGACACCUCGUUACCUAAACACACUGUGCAGAGGGAGAUCUCCAAAUGCAUCAACAUGUCGGCCCCGGGGCCCCACGCCAUCCUGCUGGUCAUCAAGGUGGGGCCGUUCACCAGUGAGGAGCAAGACGCUGUGAGGCAGGUGGAGGAGAUCUUCGGAGCAGAUGCCUGGAAGUACACCAUGAUCCUCUUUACCCUGGAUAACCAAGCUGUGCCAGACAUCGAUAGACAGCUGAGGGAGGCAGGACCUGAGCUGCAGUCGAUCCUACAGAAAGUAGAAAAUAGAUUCCACUGCCUCCGUAACAACCAUGUUGAUGAUCGUAGCCAGGUCCUGGACCUGCUGGAGAAGGUGGAGAAGAUGGUGAAGAGGAACGGUCGACAGUUUUACUCCAACUACACCUAUAUGGAGGUGGUGAAGAUGUUGGAAAAGAGAGAGUUGGAGCUUAAAGCAUUCUACGAGAAGAUACUGGAGGAGAAAAUAAAAGCUGUUGAGUCAAAGUACGAGAAGAUGCUGUUGGAGGCUCAACAGGAUCAACCAGACACAAAGAAACGGCGUCAGGCUGAAGUAGAGGAAGUGAAGCGGUACUACGAAGCUCUUAAGCGUGAUGUCCGCCAUGUAGUAGAACAGACUGUAAAAGCCGACUCUGUGGAAGACAUUCACAAGUUUCACAUGACCCUGAGACUGAAGUUCACCUCCUGAACUCUGCUGGACCCUCAUGGCUCCAACCUUACAAAAUCCAUACUUCACAUGCUAUUUCAUGUUCUAGUGUAGAUCCCAAGGUUUACAAACACGCUACAGUAAAUCUAUCUGAAUGAAUUUGGGAAUUACUAGUGUGAAACAGAUGCAAGUGUACAUCUGUAGGCCAAAAUGAACAAGCUACACUAGAAGGUGGUUUGAUAUGAAAGGCUCUGGCAGGAUUAUAGGACUAAUGUUGAAGCUUUUGCAGGCCUCAUAACUACGGAUACCAUUUUGUCAUUCAAGUUUUGUAGAAGUCAUUAUGUAAGGCGUCAAAAACAUUGCCAUUUUUCAAGUCUGGAAGUUUAUAUAUAUGGUUUAGUAGGCCAUAUUCUAAUACUCUGUUCACACACAUGAUUAUGCCCCCCUUCAUAUACAGUGAGGAGCACAUGUAUUUGAUACCAUGCUAAAACAGGAAUAUAAAAUCAUCAUUUGACAAUUGAUCUUAAUGCCUUAAUUAAAAAAAA